AUGUCGCCACCAACUGUCGAUCGGUAUUCCGAGUUUCGCGCCUACGAGCAGUUUGCGCCAUUCUUCAAGGCUCAGGAUACCACACCAAGUUCUUUGAAUACCUUGCCUUCAAAAGUUGACCGCGACGUUCAAGCAAGCUGGCGAUCCUACUCGAAUUUUGUCGACUUCGGAACGACCCAUCAGACGCUCGACUGGAAGUUUGAGAUUAGCGCACGGAAUAUUGACAUAAGCUGGACCCCGCCCGAUGUUGCAGUCGGAGUUCGAUACACCUAUUGGCUGAAUGUCGACGUUUUCUCGCUGGCCGAGCUGAAGAAGUUACAUCAUCGAGCUGUGGAAGUGAAUGGGAAUGAAACGCACAGCUUUCGCUGGUUGUACAGAUGUAAACCGGAGCGUUAUUGGCAAGAUAUCUACACGAAUUGUCACGGCAUCAUGGAGCCGUAUGCUAAAGACAACAACGGGCAACCGGCCAAUGCUAUCAACGGCGCCAUUUCUGGUCUAUUCUUCUCGGCAAGGUUGUUUAAUGGUGUUAUGUCGGGCACGAGUCCGUUUGGUGACCGCCGGUUUCGGAUAGAAGCCCCGUUUUUGUUGGACGACUCGAAACACACGAUGUAUUUCGCGGAUUUUUACUGCAACACUGCGCUGCACUACGUUACAAUCGUCGUCUGCAUUCGAGAUUCUCCAACUGACAUCUAUUGCUCGACGCGCCUAAUCCGCUUGAAUCCGGCUACCAACCCAUUUAUCCGAUACUACCCGCCAAGCAAGAAUCUACCCGACGGCGGCCAGGAAUACUUUGUCAACAAGAAUGUUUGGGUAGAAGUGUUUUACGCUGGUUCCGUGGAUAUCAAUCGGCGGCCGCUGGACCCAAUCCAAGCGACUGGAAUGGGCACAUCUCGGAUAGGAGGACUUCCAAAUAAUAAGUACUGCGAAAUUUGCAACCUCUACCCGGUCGCGAAGCCCGGAUCGGCGACUGAGAAGGGAUCCGAGAAGGAGUGCCACUACACUGACCCAAGAGAAUCUACGAUCGUUCUGUGCAACUCACUCACAGAUGUCAAGAAAGAGCUCGGAGAUUUGUGGCCGGAUGCGGUGGAUACCGUCUGUCAUUUGGUCAACCAGACGUGUGAGAUGAUGGAGAACGAUUUCGGUGUGGCUGAUGCGCAACAACGCUCUGCAGAACGAAUGGACAAUGCGAUGGCGGUACUACAGCGCGAGAUUGAGAAAUGUCAGGAUGUUGAGAUCCUUGCAUUUGCUGAAGAUCUUCGACAAGUUGUUAGUAGCUUCAAGAUGCAGCGAAAGGUGGUGAUGGAUCUUCUCAACAAAAAGAGCCAAGAGAUUGACGUGACGACCGACAUUUCACAACAAUCCCUGAUGAUCCGAAUGCCGCAUAGCGUUUUGCUGACUGCCGGAUCGAUCGCCGAUAUGCCGAAAUACAAGAAGAUGCUUGACGCUUUUAGCCAAAAGAUGGCGCCAUUCGAGAUUCUGACGUUGUUCUUCUGCCUCGAAGAGUCAAGCUCUUCAAAAUACGGACCGUAUUUGGAUAUUUUACCCAAGAAAUUCGACACCCCAGCCGCAGAUGGAAUUCACUUGCUCGUCGCUUUGGCCAUGAAAGCAGGCGUUGAAGUCUCGGAUCGACAUGUGAAGGCGCUAGAAGAAGCCGCGCAACCCAGUACGAUCUACGCUUCUGACGAGGGUCCCAGCUGGUCGCUGCGCACGAAUAUGCAGAUUCUGUUGAUGCCAAAGGCCGAGCUCAAAAAGUGGAAGGACUACGUGUACGCGGAAGACAAUAGAAGACGGAGACUUCGGACACGAUUUCAAGAAAAGGAUAGCGACGACGAGGAUGAGCAGAAAGAUAAUGAAGACUCCAAAAGGGAACGACGUGAACGGGAGGCGCUUCGGAAGAUGCUUGUCGAGUUGGCGAUGUCGAUACGAAGCAGGGCGGAAAAGGUGAAGCUUUCGUAUAUCUCGAUUUCC